GUGAAGCGCUUCGAGACGUCGUGACUAUGUGCGCGAGAUAAAAAGCCGCAAUGUCGAAGAAAAUGUCUCGGACGCUCUUGGAGAAGAUAGAAGUGUUAGACAGAGUCAAGAUGGAGCCGCGAGGAACUCCGCUACGAGAACUGGCCAGAAGACUCGGGGUCAAGAAGUCGACCCUGGGCGACAUCAUCGCCAGUGAGAUGAAGCUGCGCCACACAGCGUCCUCCUUAGCCGAGGGCGAUGUUGGUCUGCGUAAGAAGAGGGAUCGCAAAGGCAAAGAUCCCCAGGUGGAGCACGCUCUCCUUCUGUGGUUCCAAAGGGCGUCCACUGAGGGGCAGCUGCUCAAUGGGCCCAUCCUCAAAGCCAAAGCAGAGAGCCUGGCACGUGACCUCGGGAAGCCGGGCUUCACGGUGACUGACGGCUGGUUUAGCCGCUGGAAGGCACGUAACAACAUCGUGUACAGACUGCUUCCCGGAGAGCUGAAGACCGCUGCCGUAGAGGGCGCUGACACCAGCAGCGCGCUGCUCUCUUCCUACGCCGCCGAUGACAUCUACAACGCAGAGGAAACGGGACUGUACUACCGUGCGGCGCCCGACGGCUCAUUGUAUUUCCACCGAACGGUGCUGAGCGGUGUGAAGAGGGCGAUGGACAGCAUCGCGCUGAUGGUCUGCGCCAACAUGACCGGCAGCGACCGGCGCAAACUGCUGGUCAUCGGGAAGAGCCAGUGCCCUCGCUGUAUGAAGGGAGUCGACCUCACUGUUCUGCCCGUCAUCUAUAAGGCCAAUAAGAUGGCGUGGAUGACGAGAGGGAUCUUUAAGGAUUGGCUGAUGCAGUGGGACACAGAGCUGGUCGAGCAGGGGCGUAAGAUUCUUGUUUUCAUGGACAGCGCACCAUGUCACCUGCCCAUUCCAACCCUAGAGAACAUCUGCCUGGAGCUGAUUCCCCCGGACACCACUCUGAUCCAGCCCAUGGGUCAAGGAGUCAUCCGAAACCUGAAGCUCUCCUACCGCGAGGAGCUACGAAAGCGCCUCCUGGACGCCAUCGAAGGCAACGUGAUCAGUCCCCACGCCACGGUGGGAGAGGUGGUGAGACACAUCAGCCUACUGGAUGCCAUCGGUAUGGUUGCCAGGGCCUGGGAGAGCAUGAAGCCUAAGAUGAUAUCCGACUGCUUCGCAAAGGCCGGGUUUGUGACUGGUGACGCUGCUCCCUGCACUGAGGCUGAGGGGAGGACAAGUGCAGAGGCCGAGGGCGAGAGGCAGAUCACUGACCAGUUCCUGGACAUUGACGCUGAUCUACUCUGCCGUGAUCCCCAGGACCACGAGGCCAUCGUGACUGAAGCUGUGGCCGCCGAGCGCUUGCUAGUCGAGAACGACAGUGACAGCGACUCUGAGGAGAACGAGGCCCCGUCUGUGACGGCCGGCACAGCUCUGACCGGCCUGCGAGAGGCAGAAAGCUUCUUACUAAAGAGCGGACUCUACGGCAAGUGUUCGAACGCACUUCACGACAUUGUUGCGAGCAUCAGAGAGAGACGCCACACUGAUCUGGUGCAGUCUGACUUGAGAGAAGUUUUCAAUAAAAAAGUUUAAAUUUC